AUGCGAGUGUCACGUGCAGCGUGCCGUCUCCGCGGCAACGCUGAGUUAGUUUCCAUGGUGCCCGUCCGUCUGGCAUGGCUGCUGCGCUCGAAGAAAAGGCGCUGCAGAAACAAGGUAUGUGUGCGUUGCUGGUGCAGUGCUUACGGCAGCGCUCGAAUCUGCAGUGUGGCACACGACACAGCAGAUUGCAGAAGCAGAGUCUCUGGAACUCCAGGCAGCGCCGACGUCGGGCUUUGUAGCGUCGCUGUCGACACUUGUGUUUUCGCAGAUCUACACGCUUGCAGAGGACAUCGAGUCGUUUGCAAAGCACCGCGGGGGAAAAGUUGUGAAUGUCGAGGACGUUCUUGUAGGGACUGUAUGAGCAGAGCGGUGCUGACAGAAGAAGCUGUGUGCGCGGCGGAACGAGGGGCUUGUAUGUUCCAGGUGGUAGGAAUGAGUCUUACUGGGCCAGCACGAGCUGAUGGCCGAGUAUGCAAGGCAGCAUGUGGGGCCGGAGGCCAAGGCACGCGGCAAGAAGGAGAAUAUACGGGCAGCGGUGCGCAGGUCGAAGGACCCGGACACAGGGGGUGUCCGCUCUGUCGCACCUCGGAUAUAGUGCGGUAA